AUGACCGAUGCCAGCAAGGAAGGGGACCGAAGUGCGUCACCCUCCCUAGACGAGUCAGAUCCGGAGCUACAUUAUGAGGAAGAGGAUGAAAAUGAAGAGAGUGAGAAUGAAAGGGAGGAGUCAGACACCAGCAGCGUCCUCUCUGAUGACUCUGUCUAUCCAGUUUAUGAGCAUGCUCCGUCUGCCAGUAACGACGGCUUGGAGCUCACUUUCUACCGGUGCUGUAUCAAGAACGAUGCCAGGCUAGUAAAGGAGAAACUUGAAAGUGGGGUGACGAGGGAGGAAGUCAUGGAACUGGACAUCAAUGGACGGAAUGGUCUGUUGGUGGCAUGUUUCAAGGGCUUUGUAGACGUUGUCACCGUUCUCAGCAAAUGCCCCUACCUAGAUGUCAAUCAUCAAGAUAAUGAUGGAAACACAGCACUCAUGAUAGCAGCUCAGGCAGGGCACAUCACUAUUGUGAACUAUCUUCUGAACUACUACCCAGGAUUAGAGCUCGAAAUGAGAGACUUCAGGGGUCUGACUGCGCUCAUGAAGGCAGCAGUACAAGGAAGAAACGACUGUGUCACAGCCUUGCUUCUGGCAGGAGCUGACCUGACUGCUGUGGACCCAGUAAAAGGAAAGACCGCACGAGAAUGGGCAGCCCUGACAGGGCGCUUUGAGACCAUCGUCCGGAUCCGGACCCUCCUGGAGCGCCCGCGCGCUGAACAGUUCUCGACCAAGUACUUGCCCGAAUGGCCCGCUUUGCCUGAACUGGUGGCCCAAACAUUAGGUGCCUCCAGAGUCCAACGCAUCUCCACCAAAAUCUGCUCCACCUUCACCAUCAAUUUCCCACAUGACCCAGAACCAGAUGGUGUGAUGGAUCACAUGGUGCGCAUGACCACCUGCUUGGCCAGUCCAUUUGUGACCACUGCUUGCCAAACAGUCUGUCCUGACAGCCCUCCGGAAGUGGGCAAGCCGAGACUCUCGGUGCCAGAGAUCCUCAAUGAAUACACACCGGAUUCUGAUGCCAAAUCCAUGGCCAGUGCCUCCUCCUGCAACAGCCAGCUCAUGACACCGACCCGGGUUCUGGUGCCAUACCAGCCACCCAGCACCCUCGUGAAGUUCCUCUCCUUGCCACUCCGUAUGCGCCGCAACAGCGUCUUCCCCGCAGGAAUCCCUAAAAUUGAACUGACCAAGUCACCUCACCAGUCGGCGCCCAAGGAGAAGCCGCGGCGGUCCAAGGACAAGAACAAGAACACGCUUGAGCUGCCUCAGUGGCGGUACAAGCAGCUCAAGGAAGAGAAAAAGAAGGCAGCGGAAGAGGCUGGGAAAGGGAAGAAGAGCAAAGGGAAAGGGAAAGGGAAGAAGUCUUAA